AUGUGGUGCCUAUUCGAGGCACACACGGAGGCCAAUGUCGGGCGCGGGGCCACCGUGCGCUUCCGUGGCUACACCCAAGCAGUCAGCCAGCACUUCGUAAAGCGGAAUGCAGACAAGAGCCUGAAGGUCGGCGCCCGGGCUCUCAAGAAGACCCAUCGGCAUUUCGUCAGCGCGGGCAGUGUCAUGCAGGCGAUGUACAGGAUGCUCCACCUUGGGACUCCACACAAGAUCACGCAGAAGCAGUUCGAUGAGGCGGCGCUCCAGACUGGGUGCAAGGGCCUGACUGCCUUUGCGGCCCUGCCGUACGUCGACCUGUCGUGCCUCUUCACCGUCUCCACCGGCCAUGCCCUGCUGUUCGGAGUGGUCAGCGACUUUGUGGACUACACGCUGAGGUCGCUCAAAGACAUCAAGCCAGCAGACCCAGAUGCCAAGCUGGUCAUGUCUCGUGAAGCACGCCAGCGGGUCGCGGCCCGCGGCCAGUUCCUGGUCGUGACUUCGGACUUCGGGCGGCGGUACAAAUGCAUCAUGCAGUACCGCAAGAGCUACCGCAUGGAGGACUGGCUGCACUUCCUCAACAAAGAUCAGGAUCUUCACAGCAUGUCCCAGAAUUACCCAGACACAUUCCAGGCAUUCCAGGAGAACAAAUCGGCCUUUCGGCAUGUAUUGGUAAUGUGA